GCGACACCGUGCAGUGUGCGACAGUGGUCUGCUAUCCACGCUCUUUUUGGAAGUUUUCGUUUAAUUUUGUGCCUUGAUCAAGUCAGUGAUUUAAGCUCUUCGCAUCCCUUCUGAAACCAUAGGUACAAUAUUUCAUCGAGUCUGUAAAAUCUUCACACCUUCAGCUGUGCUUCUGUGAUGGCCAAGUGGGGGGAAGGUGAUCCUCGUUGGAUUGUGGAAGAACGCCCAGAUGCAACCAAUGUGAACAAUUGGCACUGGACUGAGAAAAAUGCUUGUCAGUGGUCAGAAGAUAAACUGAGAGAGCUUCUGAAAGGUUUCAAGGUGGAAAACGAUGAUGCUUCUUGUGAGCUCACUGAGGUGGAGAAACUGGAAGGUGAGGCUGUUGCCAAUAAUCGGAAAGGAAAGCUGAUAUUUUUCUAUGAAUGGGAUAUUGUUCUGAAGUGGAAAGGAUCCAUGAACGACAGUGAUGAAGAUGUAGAAGGAAAAGUUCACAUCCCUAACCUGAGUGAAGAGAACAAAGUAGAUGAAGUUGAUGUAAAUGUCACCAUAGAUAAAAAUACUGACCAGGGAUACAAAGUAAAGAGCUUUAUGAUGAGUGUUGGCACUUUGAAAAUAAGAGGUCAACUUGGAAAAUACAUUGAUGCACUGAGAGAAGAAUUUUCCAAGGGCAUGAUCUUACCAAAGAAGAGUGAUUCUGGUACAAUUAAUACUAAAGAUUGUGUUGUGAAUAGUCUGUCAAGUGGAUUUAAUUUAAAGAUGCAAAUGAAUAGUGUGCCUAAGCCUGCGAGCAACACCUCAGGCUGCAAAAUAGAGACAUCUACACUAACAUUUACCCAGGCUUUCCAGUGUACUGCCAAGGAGUUCUACAAUGCUAUGACUGUUAUUGAGAUGGUGCAAGCUUUUACUCAAGGUCCAGCAAAACUUGAAGUAAAGAAGGGUGGCAAGUUUGAACUCUUUGGAGGGAACAUUCAUGGAGAGUUCAUUGAAAUUGUUCCCGAACAAAAGAUUGUUCAGCGCUGGAGAAGCAAACGCUGGCCGGAUGAGCAUUACUCUACUGUCAGCAUGGUGAUAGAACAAAAAGAUGACCACACUAGUGUUAAAGUUACUCAAACAGGAGUGCCUCAGAGUGAAGCGGAUGGGACCCGAGAAAAUUGGGAUAGGUACUACUGGGAAGCAAUGAAGCGUACCUUUGGAUUUGGAUCAUUUAUCGUGUAAAAAAACAAUUUGGUUCCUUUGAAGAAAUUCUAAAGCUUUUGUAUUCCUUUUGUCAGUUAUCUGAAUGGUCAGAUAUUAGGGCAUCAGUUUUAAUAUUUUCAGGAUUUGGGGUUAAGAGCUCAAAGCUCUCUCGUCUGGAAAUGGUUGCAUCGAAAUAAUGACUUUUGGUUCGUCAUAUAUUGAUGCAACCUUUAUUUAUGACUAUUUAAUUUGUGAUAAAGUAACCUGUACGUUUUUCCAGUUAAUGGUAGCUUCAAAUGGAAAUGUAGGAAAGUGUUAUCUUCUUGGAACGUAAAAUUUUCAUUUUAAAUAAUUGUCUUAUAUCAGAAUUAAGAAUUCAAUCAUGUGUUUGUACAACACAGAACUGUCUUUUCUUCAAGAGCUCAUUUGUGAUAGUACUUUUGAUCACUGAAUUCAGAAACAUCUCUGUCAUUGCAUGUUAGGAAAUCAAUUGUUUUCACCACCUCAUUCCAAUUUUUCAAAUCAUAACUCUUAAAUAUUUUUCCAGAAAAUAAAUUGAGCACUUAUGGUUUGUCUUCAUCUAUUUUCACUUACAAAAAUAUUAUUACUAACAUUUGAAAAUAUCGAUGUGAUGUAAAGGAUCAUUACCAAAGGGCAACCUAUUUGAUUAAACUGCCACAGCUCAUUACUGGAAUCCUGGAUGUUUUGAUUUUAGAGUUAAAAGUCCUUCCACAGUCAUCUUUGACUAUGUGCAGCCAGAGCGAUGCUACUCAAGACUCAAUUCUGUUCCACAGCUCUUGCUAGUUGUGAUCACACCAGCUCAAUCUCCCAAAAUAAACAUACUGUGAACUGUUCUGGACAUGGCGUUUUUAUGUAUUUUAUUAUUUUUUAAAAUAAAUAAAUACAUUGAAAACUCAA